CAAAGUUUUAGGGGCAAUAAUUAUUAAAUAAAUAAAAAUAUUUCGGAAAAAAGAUAAAAUCCGAAAUGCGCUGCAGAAAGUAUUGGAAAUCAAAUACGAGGAAUGCAAUCGGUAUUGUUUUCUGUAGUUUUAUAUAGGCCUGUUUUUAUUUUCUUAAAAUGCGAUAAAAUACGAUAACGUAAAUCAAAAUUAACGAUUAUGAAAACAUUAUCUUGUAAAAGCGAUUCCUUUUAAGUGGGUCUGAAGUUCGUUAUUCUUAUCAAAUAAAUUAAUGCGUAAAUUAUUAAUUAAUGAAAAUGUUUUUUAUGGAGGUAAUUUGCUUGAUGAUUGAUUAUUGGCAUUUUUUUUAAUAGAGUCAGUUGGAGGUGUCCACGAUGACGUAGCACCAUGGAAGCCGAAGCACCAGCAGCGGCCAUGGACACUGGUCAGGGGAGGGACAAUCAUGUGCUGGUAGAGAGGAGUUUACCUCUCCCUCUCAAUUCCUGCUCGUCCGAUCAAGUGGACUCAACAUCCGGGGAUCAGAAGGCAUCGCGACCAAGUCACGAAAGCAGAAUGUCCCCUGAACAGGUCCAGUGCAGUACCAAGGUGACCCAAUGUGGUAGUUGUAGGACGGAGUUCGACACAAGCAAGGCCUAUUUGGAACAUGUGUGUUGUGGCGAGGCCCGUCCUUGCAAGAGAGGAGACGGACAGCAAGAUGGGUCAGACAACAGUUCAAUCAGCGACGUUGAGAACUUCACGGGAAAGAUUGUUUAUAAUCCAGACGGUUCUGCAUAUAUCAUUGAGGGUGCCGACUCCGAAUUGAGUGACGACGAAUGCAGUUUGGAUCUACCUCAGCAGGAAGGAUGUAUUGUGGACGCACGAGGUGUCACACCCUCCCCAUUCAGGGUGUUCCCUCAAGUAGUGAACGCACUACACAUCUCUAGGAACCCUGCCCUCUACAGUGCCCUGUACGGUCAAGCGUACAGCCUCCUACAAGAGAAGAAAAAAGUUCCUGAAGUUCCCGUUAUGCAUAGUUAUAGGGUUUUUACAAUGAGAGAUAGACAGGCCACCGAAAGUGGCACUUCCAAUGACGAUACGAACUUAGGGUCGACCAAACACUCUAGUAAAAUUGAUAAAUCUAAUUUCCCUAUUUUGGACUACGCCACCGUACCUAUCAAACCAAUACUAAUGUGUUUCAUUUGUAAACUAUCUUUUGGAUAUGCCAAAUCGUUUGUUGCUCAUGCAGUUGGUGAGCAUAAUAUCACACUGGUUGAAGAAGAAAGAGAGGUUAUGUCUCAGAAAAACACUUCGGCUGUAAUCCAAGGUGUUGGAAAAGACAAAGAACCGUUGUUAUCAUUUUUAGAACCUAUUCCUACAUCAUCAGCUCAGGUCAUCGGGUAUCCAAAAUUUUCGAGCGCCUAUUACGUCCCUAACAGCUCAUGUCCUAGUUCCUUUGCAUCAAAAGACCCAGUGACAACAGUGUUCCUAAAUGCUGUAAACACAGCUGUGUCCAGUGCUAUGAGGGGUGGAUACAGCGCAGCAGUGACCACACUUGUGUCAGCCACGUCGAGUCCAGUAUCAUCAUCGAUGCCUGAAAUAAGUGCAUCUAAAAGUUCCUCACUCACCAGACAUACACUGGGCGGUCCAGACUCAGAAGUCCUAGCACCCGAACUUGAAGAUCUAGCGAAUAUCGAGAAAAUGGCCAAAGCAGCUGCUGCAGCAGCUGCCGAGGCAUCGGGUACCAGACCUCCAUCAUCACCCAUGUCUGAAAAACAACACGAGAAGGAAAGUUCUCCUAAUGGCCACAUUGAAGAAACUGAUUCAUCUGAUGUCAGAUCAAACCUGUUUGCCUUUGGAAGUGGUAAUCUAAGUAGACUGGAGCGACCUACUAGCACCGGCAGCACUGAUAGCACCUCUCCUGGUGUACGGAUGUCCCCUAAAGGACUGAUAACACCCAGUCCUGUUGUGCCUACAUGCCAUUCGCCUGCACCAUCGACAAGUAGUCCUGUUUGUGUUCAGCAUCCUGAAGGAAAGCCCAAUGGGGUGGAAUGUUCCAAAUGUGACAUGGUUAUGGGUGUCAAUCGUUCCUUAGGCACUCAAAUGACCAUGAUGCAUUCGCGCAAUUCGUGCAAGACGCUCAAAUGCCCAAAAUGUAAUUGGCACUAUAAGUACCAAGAAACCCUCGAAAUUCAUAUGAAAGAAAAACAUCCUGAAAAUGAAAUGAGUUGCAUUUAUUGUCUUACCAAUCAACCUCAUCCGCGUCUUGCACGAGGGGAAACUUACACUUGCGGUUAUAAACCGUAUCGUUGUGAGGUGUGUAACUAUUCAACCACUACCAAGGGCAACCUUAGUAUCCACAUGCAGUCAGACAAACACAUUAAUAAUGUUCAAGAACUGCAGAAUGGCAACAUCAGCACCGAUCAUAUGCUUCAGCCUCAGGGUCUGCCAGCCCCGCCACUUCCAGACCCUAUGAAGAAAGCUCCCCCUACUAAUAAACCAAAGGCCACAUGGCGGUGUGACGUGUGCAAUUACGAGACGAACGUGGCAAGAAAUCUGAGAAUCCACAUGACGAGCGAAAAGCACACUCACAAUAUGAUGGUUCUGCAACAGAAUGUCAAACAUAUGCAGCAAUUCACUGCCUUUCAACAGGCUCAGGCUCUCGAUCCUCUGUUUCAGUUCCAUCCUGGCCUACUCCUGCCCUGUGAUGCUCAGCUGCAACCAGAAGCUGCCUUAGCUGACAUGGCUUAUAAUCAUGCUCUGUUGAUGAUGGCAACCCAACAGCAGCAGCAACAACAACAGCAGAGAGCUAUGGCGGCAGCAGCAGCUGUAGCUGCUGUUAGCGGGACGGGCAAGAGUACUCUAGGACCGCCGAUAAACGUGGGCAGUACUGUGGACAUGGAACAGGGGGAUACUGCGCUUCGCACAGAUGUUCCUUACGACGAUUCACAUAAAUUGUUCCAAUGCUGCGUUUGCAAUGUAUAUUCGGCAGAUAACAUCGAGAACUUGAAUCAGCACAUGCAACAAGAUAGAACUUGGCAACGCGAAGAAGAAGUACUAAUGGCUGUGGCUGGAAGCUACAUUUGUAAACUGUGUACCUACAAGACGAACUUGAAGGCUAACUUCCAACUUCAUUGCAAGACCGAUAAACAUCUUCAAAAAUUACAACAUUUCAACCAUGUCAAAGAAGGCGGUCCUGUAACGGAAUGGAAGUUGAAGUAUAUGAAUGUUAACAAUCCUGUACAAGUAAGAUGCAACGCAUGUGAUUACUAUACAAACAGCAUUCAUAAAUUGCAGCUUCACACAGCCAAUCCAAGGCACGAAACUAGUAGUAAAUUAUUUCUACAUCUCCAAAUUAAAGAGAACUCUCUAAACAUUGAAAAUAAAUAUUAUAGUUGCAAGUUAUGUCACUUCUUUACACGAACCAAGCUUAAUCUCAUUCAGCAUGUUCACUCACUCCGUCAUUUAAGAAAUGACAAUAUUCGGCAAAUGCAACUAAAAACUGAGGGAAGAGAUGUUACUGAAGACAUUUUUCUGGUCAAAGAAUACAAAGGAAACGAAAAGAUUAUUUUUGAUGCUGAUGUUGGUGAGUUUAGCCCUUUUUUCCCAUUUGUUUCUCUUUCAAGGGUGGCUUGUUCGAAAUAA